GUGGUGGGGUGGUGAGGGGUAGAAGGAGGAAACACGCAACGCGCAGGGCGGAGGAGGAGGAGAGAGUGAGUGGUUAGUCGCCUCAGCGCGCGGACUGACGCCGGCGUCUUCCCAUUGGACAGCAGUCGCGCAUGCGCAUGGCGGCCUGGCGAGGAGGGGUAGCGCAAUGAAGCAAGUUAUCCAGGUGAGCGAGAAAGCGCUGAAUGUAAACACAAGCAUGACAUAGGCGGUCGGCUUUCGUGACUUCUGGCAAGCUUGGAUACUACCUUGGAUUUGUACAGCGAUAUUUCUUCUGUCGACCUGCCCCCCUCGCGGACUGUGUGAGCGCGGAGAGUACCUAGCGAGGGGGCCGAUAACUGUGACUAAGUUCAAACUUGGACGACGACCCCGACCUGUCGUCUGCGUCAGCGAGGGCUGAAAAAAAAAAAAAGAGGGGGUCUGCCCUUUCUCUCUCACCACAGGAUAUGUCCGACACUAGCUGACCCAACUAACCCGCGAAAUGGGUAAGGAUCACGACUUGCUGCAGGCUGUGAAGGACAACGAUGGGAGUGCCAUUCAUAAAAUUCUUCAGAAACUCGGAAAAGCUUCGAAAUCAAAAAUAAUUGGAAACAACAAGAAGCUGAACAUCAACUUUCAAGAUGGAGAUGGGAUGUCAGCUCUCCACCAGUCGGCUCUCAUGGGCAGCACUGAGGUCAUCAAACUGCUGCUGGAGGCGGGAGCGUCGCCGGACCUGCAGGACAAUAAAGGGAUGGUGCCCCUGCAUUACGCCACGUGGCAGGGUGUGGCGGAGCCGGUACAAGCGCUGCUUCACAAGAACUCCCCCGUCAACGUACAAGCCCUCAACGGAGAGACCCCACUGCACCUGGCCUGUCAGCACGGUCACAUCCACGUGGUGAAGCUGCUGUUGGCGCAUCACGCGGACCCCACCAUCUGCAGCAAGGACCUCAAGACCCCGCUAGACCUGUCCUGUGAAUUUGGCAGAUACCGGGUUGUGGAGCAAUUGCUGAGGAGCAACCUGUGCGGGAAGCUUCUGGAAGACAGCCCCACAGACACGUUGGACAACAACAGGACCACAUGCCUUCACCUGGCCGCUCGUAACGGCCAUAGUGACAUCAUCAGGCUGUUGAUACAGAGCGGCAUGAACAUCAACCGCAGCACCCUCAAUGGCACGUGUCUACACGAGGCGGCGCUGUACGGCAAGACGGACGUGGUCAAGCUGCUGCUGGACUGCGGCAUCGAUGUGAACAAGCCCGACUCCUACGACCAGACGGCGCUGGAUAUCGUCAACAAGUUCACCACCACCCGCGCAGCCAGGGAACUCAAGCAGCUUUUGAAAGAGGCCAGCUUCGCCGUGCAGGCGCGUGCUGUCAAGGACUACUUUAAUCUGUACGAGCCACAGAGCCUGGCCUUCAAGGAGGGCGACAUCAUCACUGUACUGGAACAGCGCCCAGACGGUUUGUGGAAGGGGUAUGUGGCACAGGAGGGACGAAUGGCCAAGACAGGUGUCUUCCCAUCUUCGCACGUGGUGCUCGUGGAUGGUCAAGCCUUAAAGCAGCACAACAAGGUGCCACCCGUGCCGGACCUCCUCAGCCGCGGGCCGUACACCAACGGCCACAUCAGCCACAACGGCUACGCCUACAGCGACACCACGUCGUGCAGCAGCUCCAGCACGGACGACAGCUACCCUCCCCCACCGCACGUCACCAGCGCUCUGGGGCCGCCACCCACUGCGUACACGUCGUACGGCGCACCGCCACCCAGUCCUGGCUACACCCACCCAGGGGUGGUGCCAGGCUCGCCAGUACCGGGACACUACUAUGGCGGCGUACCCGGUGUUGGUAACACCACGCACGGAGGGCCACCUCCCUCCACACCUGCUUUUUCUUCUCAGCCGCCGCCUCCCAGCCCAGGGUACACGUCACACGGAGUACCCGUCCCUCCGUCCUCCAGCUCUGGAUACAUACCCGCCUCGCCGUGCAGUCCCCACAGAGCAACGGUCGUGCCUCUUCAUCUACUUACACCAGGUCGAACUUAUCGUCACGGGGCAGGGGUUGGGGCAGGCAUGACACCGCGAGACCUGGAGGCCUUGGCACCACGAGGACCGUGGCACAACUGUCGGCAGCAGACGACAGGAAAGCUGGAUCUUCGGUUGUUCUCCUGCCGGAAGCCAGACAAUCCGUACUGCCUCGCGAGCUGGAGUUACACGCGUCUGAAGCGCAAGUUGUUGUGCACAACGCUGGGGACGUACUGCUCAGCAGGACCAGAUGCUUACGAGGAACUGCCUCCGGCCCAUGGGUUCCCUGCCUACCCAUCGGCACAGCAGUCACAGUAUUUGGCUGGCAAAGGUGUGGGCAGCGUCCACAACCACAUGUUUGUAGAGCAGCAUGGUGAGUGGCAAGCACCUGUGGCAGGGGCAGGGCCAGGUGGGGACAUGAGGGCAGCCAGUCCUACUCACAACCACAGCCCGGCCCACAGCAACCGCAACAGCGCUGCCAGCAGUGACAGUGGCCGCGGUUUCAGCACAGGCCAUUUGGAACCCAAAGUGGUCACAGUAGUUGGGCAACAUCGGCUGUCCGGACAAAGCUACGAGUCGGGUGUGUCAUCCCGACAGAGCUAUCACAGCACCUCCAGCUCCAGCCUGGGCAGUCUUGACCGGCUGGAGGAAUCUGGUCACUCAUCAACCAUCAAUGUCCAAGAGCUUUUGCAGGCUGGUGUGCCUGACAGAGAACUGCUUCAAGCAUGGCUGCAUGACCUGCGGUUUGAGGAGUACUAUAACAACUUUGUCCAGGCUGGCUACGAUAUGCCAACUAUAUCUCGCAUGACACCAGAGGAUCUCACGGCUAUUGGCAUCACCAAACCAGUUCACAGGAAGCGACUCAAAGCUGUUGCACGUCUCCAUAUAAGUGAUGGAAUCCCUGAUUUCUGUCCACAUGAUUUGAUGGAGUGGCUUCAUCUUCUGGGACUUGGUGCAUACCAUGAAACACUGGCCAAUCAAGGCUACGACAACAUUGAGUAUGUGACAGACAUUACAUGGGAGGACCUGGAAGAGAUUGGCAUCAAGAAGCUUGGACAUCAGAAGAAGAUAAUGCUGGCCAUAGACCGGCUCAAGCGCAUCACAUCAGGUACAAAACGUCUUUCAUCAAUAGAGCCUCGCCAUGCCUCUAUUGAAAUGCUUGAGCCUCCUCCACCUGCUCCUCCCAUUGGACGGUGGUCUGGAGAGAUUUCUGCUCUGCCACCACACAUGUAUGAUGGUGGUCUUGGACUGGGUGCCAAACCAAAGAAGUCACCUUCAGGAGACAGCAUCAGCACCACUGGCAGUGGUGGAAGUGGCAGCAGUCAAGGAAGUGGAGAGAUGCGAGCAGUUCCCCUGCCUCGGGAUGAUGCAGGUAUGGCAGGAGCUAUACCCUAUACCCGUCAAAACUCAAACAACUCGGUGGGGCAUCAGACAGAUGUCAUAGCCAUUCAAGUGAAGCGGCAGGCUCGGUCAAGCACCUCAGAAUGAACAAAAGAUAUUGCUGGGAUACCAAUCACAUAUCACUCUUUUCAGGGACAAAUGGGUAAAGGUGGCCCAGCAGAAUAUGUCCCACCUCCCCAUCAGAUGAGCACUUCUGACCCGGGUGUGUCUACCAUGCCAACUGUUCCCCUCAAAGUUCAUCCUAAACCUAAACUGGUGACCAUGGCAGUGGCCAAGGUGAAGCGCUCUAGUCGGGAGAGCUCACCAGAUACAGAGAUGGAAAAACACGAGUCAGAGUGUAAUUCUGACGGAAACAAAACUCCACCGGUCAUGUCCACAUCUGUCGCAGCGAUAGCUGCAAUGAUGGAGCAAUCAGGUGAGGUGUACACAGGUGGUGCUGUAAAGAAAUCAGGUGUAACAGGAGCUUUGGUGGAUACCAGCAAGCAGCUUCGAGUAGAAACCAAAGAGCACAUCUAUGAUCAGCCUCAAGUUGGUACAGCCAGCCAUUCACCAAAUGCUGCUGCGGCUCCUCACUCACCCAAACCUCAAGUCAUGCCAAAACCUGCAAGUCCUCUCCAUGUGGCCACACACCACGAUCCAUCUACCCCAUCCUCAGGCUCACCCACAGGUCGUAGCAAAAAGGCACCUCCACCUCCUCCUAAACGCACACAUUCGAUCCGCAGUGAUACUGCUCCCAUCACCAAAGUUGACAGUGGACCAGCAUUCUCUGUUACAACAACAGCCUCAGUCACAGCAAGCCAUGGCAACAUAAUUCACGGAGGUAAUGCUAGCACGAGCAGUGGAGGUGCGCCAUUGAGCGUUCCAAAGCCACAAGUUCCAAGCAAUGUGUCCAAGCAGCCAGUUGCUGCAGCCUCAAAACAGCCCGUUCCUGUACCAAACAGUCACAAACAACCACCACCUGUGCUAGAGAAACCUCCUGCUCAAACACAGGCUUUUGCCAGCUGUGUCAAAUCUCUGUCAGAGCGUUUCGGUAAGAAGAGUGAGAUGGAGGGCUCACAGGAGAGCCUGUCAUCUGACAGCGAUGAAUUCCCUCCUCCUCCUCCUCCUAUUGCCAUGGACAUCAUCACACCAAAGAUCCACAACUAUGGCAUCCCCAGCCGAAUGGACACCCAUAUGUCAACCCAUACAAAGGACUAUUUGGUACACAGUCACCAGCCAUCGCAUCCUAAGGAUUAUAGUUUCCAGAACCGCUUGAAGCAGCCCCACCCUCAUGCUCAUCCUGCUGCUGAGAGUCCUGAACCACAUGUUCUACCAGCGUCUGCUUCUUCAUCUAAGCGGACUUCGCCAGCAAGAGAUGUCCAUGCUGGUUCGUUGCCUCCAGAAAGAGCGAAAGCUACAGAACCAAACUUGUACACUUCUAAUCUUGUUGACAAGCGUAGCGAAUCAACCACAAGUUUUGAAUCAACAGCAUCAUCAUCAAGCACAGACUCAAACACUCUACCCUUCGCAAAUGAAAAUGUGGGCACAAUAAAGCAAAGAGCCGCUGUGAAUAAGCCCUCAAUCAUACAAACAUUUGACUCUGUGGAAAAGCCAGCGGUAGUGGGGAAUGUUGGUGUGAGCAGAACUGUUGCUGCGGGCAUUCCACAGGGCAUGGCUUCUGCCAGCAGCAGACAAGGUCCUCCAGCCAGCAUUCCCAAACUUCCACAGGGGAACCAAAGUCUAUCUGAUGGAUCUGUAAGGCCUCCAGUACCAAGUAGAAAGCCAAGUCAGGCACCAGUGCUGCCUUCAGAAGAGCAGCAGCUGCAACGACAGCCUUUGUCCCGGUCACAUUCACAGCAGGAUCACCAGCAACAACAGCAGAGACCACCCUCUCAACAGAUGACAGAAACCCUAGUGACAGACACUGAAUCAAACAUGGUGCCCCCACGUGUUGAAACAGGAAAUGUGCUGAGCGACAUCGAUAACAUGCUUCAGGAUCUCACCGAUGAACUAGAUGCAAUGUUAAAGGAGGAAACAUCUGCAUGAAAAGUUAUGCUGAUUUUUGGCAGAAUUUUUGUUCAAAAUAUGAUACUUGUGUAUCAGAGAGGAGAGGACAUGCUGGACUACAAGAUGGUCAGCACUGCUUCGUUCUUGCAUCAGGGGAUGAGUGUUUCCUUGUGAUCUUGCACUGAGGCUCAUGAUCACAUUAAAAAUGGAAACUAAUAGAUGAAGUGAAAGCAGUAUCAAAGGGUAGCAUUUUGAAGAUGAAAACUUUUGCCAGACAGUAGGCAGAAUUUGUCGGUGUGUGGAGGAGAUGGGAAAAUGAGACAAAUCUUGCUAAGUGUCCCUGUAGCAGCCGACAGGUACAUAUGCAUGGUUUUAGAGGAAUGGUAUAGUAUAUCAUUUGUGACUAGACCAUCAGGCAAGCAUCAUUAACCAUCAUUUAUAAGAUCUCUUAAAAGCUUUGCAUGGCCAGUGUGUUAAUCAGCAUUCAGCAAACAGCCUUGCUUGCAUUUCAUAAUUUGAAACAUGUAAAAAGCACUGAGAUGACCUACACUUAGAUGAAGUAGUUUCAGGCAAGUUUUCUUACUCCUGAAGUGGUUUGAGCUUUUAAUAAAGUUUCACAGUGCACCCAAGGUCUUACAGUGAUGCAGUGGAAAAAGACAAGUUAGCUAUUGGCAGAUCAUCUUGUGUGAUUUCAUGGCUAGAGCCUCAAAAUAUGAUACAACAAUGUGUCUUCACUAAAUACAGACACAGAAGGGUAUUUGCACUGCAGAAGAACUGCAUUUCUUUCCUACUCCUUGAUCCUAAGAAUAAGCUUUAUAUACUUACUUGCUGCAGUAAGCAGAUUCUGAAAAACUAACCCAGUGCUUACAGAUUUAAUGUAGGCACUUGCAUGUCAGAGUUGACUCUACAGAUUAGCAGUUCCGAUUAGCAUCGCCAGAAAUGUGAUAGUCUGGGUCAUCUUACAGAAAAACAAGUGACUAACCCAGAUUUGGUGUGAACCAAAAUGAUGUCUGAGGCAGAUCAAGAUCUGAUCGUCAGCAUCUUUAGUUUUACAUUCAAUCUUUAAAGCAGUGCUAACAUUCUAGUGCUUAGGUGUGUAUCCUGGACAUUUUUGUUGCUGUUAAUGCAAAUGCUGAUUGAUGUGGGUCAUUCAAGGAGUCUCAUGAAUGCGCAGCAUGCAUGAGCACAUCUGACGUAUGCAACAAUCAAUUCACAGCUGGAGGCUUUGAAAUAAUAAUUAUAUGCUUUCGCUGGAUUUAUAGGAGAAAAAUGAGAGCAGUCUACAUCAACCAUUUCUUUCAAGAUUAUUUUGUUGAAUUUGUUAAAGCACAUGAAAGUAUUUCAUGUAUUUUUCUAAUCAUUCAUAAAAUAUGUAUGUGACUGGAAACUAUGCUUGGUCUUGAACUGUUCUUUUCACUAGACUUGAAAGCUUCCAAGGCUCAACUAUUCAAAAUAGCAGAUGAAUGCAUGUUGCUGUUUUGUGCACUCAGAAGUUGUAGUUUUGUAACUUAAUGCACAUAACUUAUGCUGUCACUAGAACUGUGAUGGGGAAAACUAAACAGAAUGGAAGUUUUCAAGCAAACAUCAAAAGAGGAAUAGAUGUUGCAGUCCAUUUUGGUUUCACAUAUUUUUUUGUGCACAAAGAAUCGUAAAUUAUUUACUUACUGUGGUACACAAACUGUGCAUGAAGAAUACAGAGCACACAUGAGUGCAACACACAUGAGCAUGGCACAUUCGUGGGUUGGGGAAAAUGCAAAUUUCAUCCUUCCCAAUGUGGACGAUAAAGUAUUAACCUUUGACUUGUUGACAAAUACUUUGCUUUUUUGUUUAGCUAAAUAAAGCACUAUUUUCCUCAUUUCUUGAGGAAAGGGACAGAAAAUUGAAUUAAAAAAGAUCUGUACCCUUUAUUUUACUGAUGAAUUGUUACACUUUACAUGUAGGCCCCCGAUACAACAGUUGCAGACUUAAUGCAUGCUUAUCUUUGUGCAAAUGUGAUGGACAGUUUGGACUUUUCUUUGUGAAGGUGUUUGUUAUGUCAAACAUAAAAUCUGCAGCUACUCUGCAGAUUUGUUGCUGCUGAAGGUUGCUACUCAUCUUCCAAAUUCCUCCACUGUAUAGCACUCAGGAAACCAAUAUUUCUCAAUUUGAAACACACACACCCUCUAUCUCACACACACGCACUGACACACCAUGAUGUGAAUGUUUCUUUUUCAGGUUUGUCAUUAUACAUUGGUGCUGUGUUAACCCAAGGUUUUUUUUUUUCAUUUCAUAUAGUGCUGAAAUGUUAACACAAAAGACAAAGAUGUUUUGUUAUAUUCAUCAGCCAGUUGUGGUAGACAUCUUGACAAAAUAAGCAUAGCUUUCCCUCCUCAAUUUUCUGAUGAUUAAUUAACUGUGAUCUUUACCUGUUGCUUUUUUUCCUGUCUUUGCAGUAGAGCAUUACUAUUAUUCAGUUGUCUCCCAUUCACAAUUCUGCUCCAGUUAGUAAAUGAAGGAGCCAGGAGAUGCCUGCUCUUUUCUGCGUUCAGUGGCUUUUGUCUUGUCCAUGGUUGACUAAAGUGACAGUUUAAAUUAACCCUGCUACUUAUAAAUACAGCUUAGUUUUCCUAAGUGGUCACAAAGCUAUCCCAAAGUGAAAAUCAAAACAUCUUUUGAUGCUUUGUCAUAACGAUCGUGAUUAGAUUUUACUUGCUGACAUACUAAUGGCAUUUAAAUUAUCCCAAUCAUUGGGUUGGGGAAAGUAGCCCUCGGUAAUGUAGUGAUCAACUCGAUUGUUAUCUCUACAGUGAGAGGCCCAGGCUCAGAUCUCAUCUCAGGACACUGUAUGUGAUACCUAUUCACAUAGCUAGCCGUUGAGUACUCCAGUUUCCUCUCCCCUCAUUGUAAACCAACCAUUCUAGAUGGGAAAUGAUUAUACUGACACACUGAACCUGAAAGGUGACUGUGUAGUACUGACCUGCAUCAGCAGGCUUUGAUCAAAGGUCCAAGACAACUGUAGUCAAGGGCUGAAGACGGAAUGCAAAGGGAUGUUCCAGAUGUUUUUACUCAUGUGCAAGUAGACCUUCCCAGUAAAUAAGAUGAUUAUAAAUCAGCAUAAAUAUAAAAAUAAAUAUUCAGAUACCUCAAUAGCAGAGAUAAGCUUGACAGCAACCAUCAGGUCUCCAUCAUCAUUUCUUUUUUUUCGACCUUUCGAAGAUAGCAGAGAGACCAUGUUAUGCUAGAGGUACCACAAAAUGACAGUUAUGUAAAGAGCUUGGGGUAUGAAUUCCCACUGCUGUGCACAUGCCAGCAAAAAAGUGAAUAUAUGUUUGUCUCUAACAGAAGUUAGAGAUUUGUUGUCUCCCUGCUGAUUCUCUAGCAUUUGCAAUACUACAGUGGCCAGUUCUAACAGUUCUGAAAGACCAAUCUGCACAAAGCAUGCUUUCUGCUGUCAGUGGUUUAGAGAUUCCUAGAUUUUACAUAAUUCCACCAUCUAAUUACCUUAGGAAACUGUUGUAUCAUUAAAAACCACCUUUAUUAAUAAAAACAAUUCACUUUUUUCUUUUUUUGCUACUUCAAAUAGCUCUACGCAGCAUCUAACAAUGGUCAGAUCACAUCACCUCAAUUUUAAGUGUCCUUAUCCCAGUCUUCAUCAAGGGUUGUUAAGUACAAGUGUUGUGGACUUCAGUUAAGGUUGCAGACAAUGUUCAGAUGAAUACGUGCUCCAGGCAAAGUGGCAUCUUGUGUGUACAGUGCUCUUACUAUAGCUGGAAUAUCUCAUCAUCAACGAUGACGAAAGAUGACGAAGAUUCUGGGAGGACUUGUUGCUCUUCUUUUGUUGCAUGCAAAAUACUGCAUUAUACAUUGCGUAUGUAUUUAACAAACCUACAUGUGUGCUGGUAGUCUUGACGUGUAUUGUUCAUGGUCAGACAGUAAACAAUGUGAUCAAGUUAUGUGUAAUGGGUUUUAUGUUGAAUGUUCUUGUGUUAGGACAGCGUCUUUGGUGAAAAUGUCAUUAGUAUGCUAGUCUUUCAACUCAUGGGUACCAUUUUAAGGUGACUGCUUGCUGGUCGCCUGCAACCACCACCAAGCAGCCCAAACUCAAAAAAGCAAACCUUUCCCAUGAGCAGUUUUUUUUUCUCUGACCUCAAAAUUCUUAUUUACAUCAUUCACACCCAUUAAAAACUUGUCAUUCAUGUUUGACCAUAGCUGGCAUGGUUCUACCACAUAUAAUGAUUUAUAUGGUGCCUGUCCAAAGAUUUGUUCAGUGCAUUACAUAAAUCAUACAAAGUCUAAUCAAUAACAAUAAUGCACCCAUAUAUCACAAUCACUUCUACAACUUACACUUAGUAAAUUACUGAUGCGUUUUACACAUUCAGGAUCACAGUGAAGUCCGAGUUUGGAAAAGACGUGUCUUCAGUUUAGACUUGUGGACCUGUCUGCUGUGGUUUGGUCCUGCUUCAUAGGUGCUUUCACUUUUAUCACAAGCAGGACCAAAGCACAGCAGAGGUAACUUUCAGUGGAUUUUAAUGGUCACACACCAUGUAGAAAUGAAUAAACAUUCCUAAUGACGACAAACUUCAGUGUUAGAAAAAGGAAAACACAGAAUUGAAUGCUUUAAAUUUGUGCAUUUGUGUCGAUAUCAAUUUUGAAAAGAUAAACUUGGAAAAAGGUCAAUCUAAAAACAUUCCUGUUCACGUGCAACUUUUAAAAAAUACGAUUUACUUAGCCAAACGACUGGAUUUUGUACUUUUUUGUUUGAAGUUUGCACAGAAAAAAUUAUUAAAUCCAUGAGGGAGGAGUGGGCCGUACAGCAUUAAUAGACGCUGAAGGGACCCAACCAUUUCACCCUUACAGAAUGAUGAGCCACAAUCCUGGCUUUCCCGGGGAAGAACCUAAGAAUUUUCAUUCAAGCCUUCUCCUUUCCAAAAAAAAGAUUUUUGGUCCAUUUACCUGAGACCAGCAAUAAUAAAAACCAUCACCCAUCAGUCUCCAGUUAUUAGCCAGUCUUUGUACAUCUUCAAUGUUAAGAAAGUUACUUUCAUCAUCACAAUUGGACAGAAUUUCAUAUGGUUCUAGAACGACUGAAAUCUAUUCCAAGAAGCUGAUUUGCUGUGCCCACACAAUACAAAAA